AUGCAGGAGGCGAUACUACGCAAAGAGCAAGAACUGGCCGAGCAGCGGGAGCGGCUCUCCGCCAUGGAAGACAGCUUCGCGCAAAUCCGCCUCGACGCCGACCAUUCUACAGUCAACUUGCUGAGGAAGGCUUUGGAGGAACGUGAGCGGCAGGUGAAACAGCUGUCACAGUCCCUAGAACAGGCGACGCGCGACUUGGAAGACCAGAGCACCAUAAUCGAGGCAUUGCAAAUGGAGCGCCAACAGCGGGACGAGGAGAACCAGGACGGGCGACCGACGGCGCGGCGGGGAGGCCGUUGGCUGGACUUGCAAGGAAAGCUUCGAGAAAAAAGCUUGCUUCUCAGGAGUGUCCAGUCCAUGCUGGGCAAGGUAGAAGAGGAAGCUCGACAGAAGGACAAGCAGCUCGCAGAAGCUGUGGCCACAGCACGGAAAUAUGAGCUGGGCGAGUAUGGACUAUCGGAUGCCGUUGCUGAAAUCAGAGACCUCAAGAGGCAGUUGGAAAUUCGCGACCGGUGA